UGGCUGGGGGGCGCAGGGGCGAGGCUUCAGAAGGCGCGCUACGGGUCGAUUGGCUGGAGGCGCGGGGGCCGGGCUUCUGAGAACGCACAACUUGGCGGCGGUCAUGGAGGAAAGCGGCACGGGCUUCCGGAAAGAGCUAGUGAGCAAGCUGCUGCACCUGCACUUCAAGGAUGACAAGACCAAAGUCAGCGGGGACGCGCUGCAGCUCACGGCCGAGCUGCUGAAGGUCUUCGUUGUGGGUGAGCGGAGGGCCCGGCAGGGUCCUCGGGGUCCCGUCCUGCUUGCCCAGACCACCGUGAUCCCUUUACACUGUGGUGUUUGGUGGGGAAACCUGGGCACACUCCCACUUUCCCACAAACACCCCAGCUCUGUGUCCCUGGAAAGCGGUGUUUCAGGCCCGACCCCGGUUCUGAGCUGUCAGCUGGCACGGGGGUGGGGCAGCAGCGGGCCCAAAGCCCAGGGCUUGGGGUUCCGCCGUCGCUGCUCACCUGUGUCCUGCAGAAGCGGCCGUCCGCAGCGUCCGGCAGGCCCAGGCGGAGGACCUGACCCGCGUGGAUGUGGACCAGCUGGAGAAGGUGCUGCCUCAGCUGCUCCUGGACUUCUAAGGCUUUCCACCUCACCGUGGCUGCCUGCCUGCGUCACGGCCAAGCCCCGUGUCCACGUGUCUUGUGGCUUCUACUUUCAGAAGGGACAGGAGCUGCUGCCCCCAGGUUCUCCUCCGCUCCGGCGACAGGCCAGCGUCCCAGCAAAGCGCCCCUCCCCAUGUCAUGCUCUGCCUGGAUGCGGCAGAUGGGGGACUGAGUGGGAACCCGGCCCAUGGGGGCUGGCGCCUGGGUGGUGCCCUCCCCUAUGCACCCCCAGGAGCAGCCGAGCACCCACUGGGUGGCAGGAGCACACGCAGGAGGAGUGGGCCUCCUGCCAACCGUCCGAGCGUCCUCCACACACAAGCAGAGUCAUGGGGCGCUGCCACCAGCGUCCAAGCUGGGCUGUCACCUUCCAGCCACUUGACACUCCUCAGAAGAUGCUCCCCUGAGCUGUGCGUUUGUUCUCACAGAGCAGCGUCAGUAAACCAGAGCCGCCUCUCCAGA